CAAAGCGACUGUACCAGACUAGUAAAGAAGAGGUGACGCGUUUACCGUGAUACAAUUGUAGAGAGAAAGCAGUUUUUGGUGGACUUGGCUGUCGCCUUUUUUGAGCGCCGAACGAAAAGAGAGUUGGACAAAUGGAGAGUAUAGACAAACGCGCCCUAGACCGUGGAAGUGUGUGCUAAACAGACUAGCGAUUUUCUGCCGCCGCAGAUCUCCUGCAUUAAAGGCCACAUGGAGCUGGGGACCCAACGAGCGCUGGCCGCUACUUCCACCUCCACCACCGGCUCUCUGCUCUCCUCCCCCAACAGCCAGCCCUGAAGGACGGCCUCUCUCCUCUCCCCUCCCCCUCCCCUUUUCCUCUUCCUCCUCCUCUUCCUCUUCCUCUUCUGCUCCCCUGCCCCCACCCCCACCCCCACCUUGACCCUUUCCCACCCAUCUAUCCAUCCAGCUCCCGCCUCCUUGUAUACCUCCUGCUUGUAUACCCUUUCUCUGGUGCUAUCUCCCCUCCUUUCUUCUUUAUCUCCUCCCACCAUCAUCCUUCCUCGUACACCCACUCUCCUUCACCAUCCUCCCACAGCUCUCCUCCUUACCACCACCACCACCACCACCACCAUAGCGAGAUGAUUGGAAAGCUGAAGCAGAACCUGCUGGUGGCCUGCCUGGUCAUCAGCUCGGUGACGGUUUUCUACCUGGGCCGCCACGCCAUGGAGUGCCACCACCGCAUCGAGGAGCGCGGCGGCGGCCCCGGCGGCGUCAACGGCCCUCUGGUCAGCCUGAGCAGCCUGCACGCCACGCUGCGCACCGGCGGCCACAACCUCAGCAGCCCCUUCGUCUACAACAAGGACAUGCCGCUCAUCUUCAUUGGCGGCGUGCCGCGCUCGGGCACCACGCUGAUGCGCGCCAUGCUGGACGCCCACCCGGAGGUGCGCUGCGGCGAGGAGACGCGCGUCAUCCCCCGCAUCCUGGCCAUGAAGCAGAUGUGGAGCCGCUCGGGCCGCGAGAAGAUGCGGCUGGACGAGGCGGGCGUGACGGACGAGGUGCUGGACUCCGCUAUGCAGGCCUUCCUGCUGGAGAUCAUCGUCAAGCACGGCGAGCCCGCCGCCUUCCUGUGCAACAAGGACCCCUUCGCCCUCAAGUCGCUCUCCUACCUGGCCAAGAUCUUCCCGCACGCCAAGUUCGUGCUGAUGAUCCGCGACGGCCGGGCCUCGGUCCACUCCAUGAUCUCGCGCAAGGUCACCAUCGCCGGCUUCGACCUGGGCAGCUACCGCGACUGCCUGACCAAGUGGAACCGCGCCAUAGAGACCAUGUACACGCAGUGCCUGGAGGUGUCGGACAAGUGCCUGGCCGUGCACUACGAGCAGCUGGUGCUGCACCCGGAGAAGUGGAUGCGCACGCUGCUCAAGUUCCUGGACAUCCCCUGGCACGAGGCCGUGCUGCACCACGAGGAGCUCAUCGGCAAGGCCGGCGGAGUCUCGCUCUCCAAGGUGGAGAGGUCCACAGACCAGGUGAUCAAGCCAGUGAACGUCGAGGCCUUAUCUAAGUGGGUGGGCAAGAUUCCGGCCGACGUGCUACGAGACAUGGCCGUCAUCGCGCCCAUGCUGUCGCGCCUCGGCUACGACCCCCACGCCAACCCGCCAAACUACGGCCGGCCCGACCCCAGGGUGCUGGACAACACUAGACGGGUCUUUAAGGGUGAAUUUCAGCUACCUGAUUUUCUAAAAGAACAAUCACAGCUCCAGAAAACUCCAGAGAAGCCGAAUCCCAGUUAGGGAAGGAUGGAGGCUGGAGGGCAGCCAUCACGCCCACACAAGGUGCAGCGGGCCUGAAUCAGCCAGUCAGAUGUGGACAUCGGUCAUUCUCACCAAGCAGGGACUUAAAUGAA